UCUCUCUCUCUCUCUCUCUCUCUCCUCUGAGAAUGGCUCCCCCAAACCCCUCCCUCCUCCAAACCCCAAUAACCCCAGGCCAAACAACGCCACUCUAUCAAAAACCCUAGACACCCUCAUUCCAUGCUCAACCACAUUCACCAAUGGACAAGACCCCUAAAACGAUUCCCACUAAAAUCCCUAACCCUAACCCCUCUCUCCUCCCUCACCUUCACCAAACCCUCCGCCUCUGCCUCUGCCUCCGCCGCCGCUGACACUGACCCUGCCGACACCUACGACCCCGCUGCAUCUCUGGAAAUCCUCAAAUGCUUGAAAAGCAAAGACCUUCACAGUAGCAGCCUCUGUUUGAAGACACUCGUUGAUAGGCUGAAUUCGGUCCAGGUUGAUGAGGUUAUUGGUGAUUUGGGAGUUGAGGAUCCUGAGCUUGCUAUUGAAUUGUUUUAUUUGCUCAAGAAUGAGCAUGGGUUUCGGCACUCUAGGGUUUGUAGCUUUGUUGUUGCUCAUGUUUUGGCGGGGAAAAGGCGGCUCAUGGAGUUGCGUUCGUUUUUGCGGGAACUUGUGGAGGAAGAAGGCUCUGGGUCUGCACCUUCACUGUGUGAGCUGUUGGGGAAUAGAUUCAGGGUCUGGGAGUCAAAUGGUUUGGUAUGGGACAUGUUCGCAUUUGUUUAUUCUAGGUCGGAGAUGGUGCAUGAUGCUCUCUUUGUUCUUGCCAAGAUGAAAAACUUGAAUAUCCGAGCUUCAAUAUUGACCUACAACAGCUUGUUGUUCAACUUGAGGCACACUAAUAUCAUGUUGGAUGUCUAUGAAGAAAUCAAAGCUAGUGGGACACCUCAAAGUGAAUACACCACUUCCAUUCUCGUAGAUGGUCUAUGCAGACAGUCCUUGUUUCAAGAAGCAGUAGCCUUCCAUCAGGAAACUGAAAGGAAGGGGUCUAUGCCCUCCGUUGCUUCAUUUAAUACCCUCAUUUCAAGAUUCUGUGAAGUGGGUUACGUAGAUGUUGCAAAGUCUUUCUUUUGUAUGAUGUUUAAGUAUGGGCUACUUCCUGAUGCAUACAGUUACAAUAUUCUUAUUCAUGGGUUAUGCGUUGCGGGUUCCAUGGAAGAGGCAUUAGAGUUCACGAAUGACAUGGAGAAUCAUGGUGUAGAGCCUGAUGUAGUUACCUACAACAUUCUUGCCAAAGGUUUUCAUCUACUUGGUAUGAUGCGUGGGGCUUGGGAAAUAAUUUGCCAUAUGCUUCAUAAAGGAUUGAAUCCAGAUAUUGUCAUACAUACAAUACUCAUGUGUGGGCAUUGCCAAACAGGAGAUAUUGAAAAAGUCUUUGAGUUGCGGGAAGAGAUGCUUUCACAGGGUUUUCAGUUGAAUGAUAUCUGCUAUAGUGUUCUGCUGAGCAGUUUGUGUAAGAAGGGGCGGAUUAGUGAAGCACUUAGUUUGCUUCAUGAGAUGGAAUCUAUUGGCUUAAAACCUGAUCUUGUCACAUAUUCUAUCCUCAUUCAUGGUCUCUGUAAGCAGGGAGAAGUACAACAUGCUGUUCAACUGUAUAACAAAAUGCAUUCAAAGAGAGUCUUCCCAAAUUCUUUCACACACAGUGCUAUUUUAUGGGGCCUAUCUGAGAAAGGAACAUUAUCGGAGGCACGGACAUUUUUUGAUGCUUUAACAAAGAGUGGCCUGAUAAAGGAUAUUGUUUUGUACAAUAUAAUGAUAUAUAGGUACGCAAAACUUGGUAAAAUUGGAGAGGCUGUACAGUUAUACAAACAAAUAUUUGAAAGCAGGAUUACUCCAAGUAUAGUCACCUUCAAUUCCCUUAUUUAUGGAUUCUGCAAAAGCAGGAAGCUAGCUGAGGCUAGAACAUGGUUAGAUAACAUCAAUACGCACGGAUUGGUGCCAACCGCUGUAACAUACACCACUCUUAUGAAUGCAUUAUGUGAAGAGGGUAAUAUACGUGGCAUGCUUGAAGUGCUCAGUGAGAUGGAAACACGAGCUAUUAAGCCGACCAAUGUUACAUACACUGUAGUUGUAAAAGGACUCUGUAAACAACACAGGCUGCAGGAGUCUCUCCAUUUACUUGACAGUAUGCAUGCUAAGGGUAUCUCCCCAGAUGAAUUCACAUACAAUACUAUAAUCCACUGUUUCUGCAAAGCUCAAGAUAUGAGAAAGGCCUUUCAGUUGCACAGUGAAAUGUUACUGCAUAAUCUUCAGCCUGGUCCCGUCACAUAUAAUGUACUCAUCAAUGGCCUUUGUGUAAACAGAGAUCUAAAGGAGGCUGAUAGAUAUUUCUCAUUUCUCCAAGACCAAAAUAUUAGAUUGACAAAACCUGCUUACACUACGUUAAUAAAAGCGCAUUGUGCAAAGGGUGAUGCCUCCAAGGCAGAUGCGCUCUUCCGCCAAAUGGUAGAGAAGGGGUUUGAAAUCUCCAUAAGAGAUUACAGUGCCAUGAUUAAUAGAUUGAGCAGAAGAAAACUGACAACCAAUGUUAAAGUUUUCCUCCGUAUGAUGCUAUCUGAUGGAAUCUCUCUGGAUCAAGAGAUUUGUUUAGUGAUUCUUAAUGCUUUUCGUGGAGUUGGGGAUCUGAAUUCAGAGUUUGAGCUGCUUGCUGUGACGAUAAAACAUGGCCUAUUUCCUGAUUAGAUCCAUGAGAGAUGUUUCAUGUGAUUUUCACAAUUGGAAAGAUCAGUGCAUCUCGAUCUGGAGUCCAGCAUGCAAGGUAAACAUGGAGUCGUGGACACUUGGGCCCCUGAGACCAAGUUGGAGACCCACAGGGUACUACUUCAUAACUUCACCAGAACAUAAGUAUGCCGAAGAUAAGUGCACUGUCACUUAUAUGGAUAUUGAUUUUGAUAUGCGGGCAAUGAGCUGAUCAGGGUUUGAAACAGAACCUUGUAGACCUUGCAAGUGCGUGCAUUUCACUGGUGAUGCUUGGAAUCGAGUCAAAGUGGCAAAUUACAAUCAUUUUGAAGCAUACAACUGGUGAUAAGAUGGGGCUUUAGCCCAUUGAGUGCAAGGAUAUGACAAAAGUCAAAAGUUGAUUUGCAUUGAAAAACCAAAAUAAUCUCCAAAGAAACAAAGAAGACUUGAUUUUUCUGGUUUCAAACUAUUUCUAAUUGAUUCAAAUAAAAUAGGAGCCCAAUGGGGAUGAGUAUUCUGUAGUUGGAUACACUUCAUUGGACUAGAUUGAUAAUUUUGUUUCCAUCAGUUCAACAUGGUACCACCUGAACUCAUAAUAAUUAUCUGACUUUGCAUUUGUGGUCAUUUCUCGGGAACACAUAUCUUCCUUUGGGAUAUUCAUGCUUGGUGUAUUCAAUUCAGAACUAUUGUUCAUCACAUUUUAAAACUAGUGACAGUAGAGUGAUGGGACUAUCAGGUUAGUCCGAUAUUUUACAUUAGUCAACUUGGAACCCAGUGCAAAUUUUUAAAUAGACCUUUUAUUGAACUAUCCAAUCAGAAAGGAACACGACAUGAUUAUGUUUUCUAAUUUGACUGAGGUGGCAUGAACACACUAUUAGAUAGGUGAGAGAAUAGUAAGAGUAUGGGUAAAGAGUGGAAGAAAGUGCAAGAUAACAUUACUUUGGAUGGUGCAACUGAAUCAGGAAUAGUUUCCUACUGAUAGCAAAAGUACUUAACUCACCAUAUGGGAUGAGCAAGAGAAACGGUUAUAGGUUUUGGCGCAAUGUUGCAGUUGAAUAUGUGUUAUUGUCUAGUAGUAUGUUGAGUUACUGUGUUGUGUCUUUAAGUCACAUGCUCUGACUCCCAAAAAUUUCUAAAAGACUCAACUCUUGUUAUGAUGUGCAGAGGAAUGAUAAGGGAGACCAAACUAGAAGAGAGAAUAUGGAUGAACUUUGUGUGCUUCAGACACGGAGACACCCGAUGGCCAUGCAGAAGAGCUACCCAAGGAACUGUUGGAAUACUGUUGAGAUGCUGCACAAAUGGGGGUGACGAAAUUCUCGAUCAACCUCCACACAUGAGGUGCAUUCCCAGAGCAUGAUAAUGAAUUAUAACCUGUAUCAGUUUGUGUUUCAAAUCAAUAAACCAGAGUGUGCUUCUACAGAUCGAUUAUCUUCCUUAUUUGUUGUGAUAACUGCAAUCUAAGAGAAUACAAUCACAAAGAAGGGAGAGGAUCAAAAGACAACACACAUGAGAUUAAUAUUAUUUUCACAAGUCUGGGCAUUA